AUGGCUUAUCUUUUAUUAUAUGUUGAUGACAUUAUACUCACAGCUUCCUCUGAUGCUCUGCGACGUUCUAUAAUGGAUCGUCUUAGCUCUGAAUUUGCUAUGAAGGAUCUUGGCCCUCAGAAUUAUUUUCUUGGUAUUGCUGUGACUCGGCAUAAGGGUGGUAUGUUCCUUUCUCAGCGAAAAUAUGCAGAGGAAAUCAUUGACCGAGCAGGCAUGUCAUCUUGUAAACCGUCACCUACACCUGUUGAUACUAAAUCAAAGGUUAGUGUUACCUUUAGUACUACAGUUGAUGAUCCUACUUUGUAUAGGCGCCUUGCAGGGGCUCUGCAAUAUCUUACCUUUACCAGGCCGGACAUAUCUUAUGCUGUCCAACAGGUGUGUCUUCAUAUGCACGAUCCGAGAGUUGCUCAUAUGGCUGCUCUCAAACGUGUUAUUCGGUAUAUUCAGGGUACUUUGGACUAUGGUCUUCAUUUGUAUCCUUCUUCUUUUUCCUCUCUGGUAUCAUAUACAGAUGUAGAUUGGGGAGGGUGCCCUGACACGAGGCGCUCUACUUCUGGUUAUUGUGUUUUCUUGGGUGACAACUUGGUUUCUUGGUCGUCAAAGCGCCAACCCACAUUAUCUACGUCCAGCGCCGAGGCUGAAUAUAGAGGGGUGGAAAAUGUCGUCUCUGAAUCGUGUUGGCUCCGAAACUUGUUAUUAGAGUUACAUUGUCCGAUUAAAAAGGCUACUCUUGUGUAUUGUGACAAUGUCAGUGCUAUAUAUUUGUCGGGUAAUCCAGUGAAAUAUCAGCGUACGAAACAUAUAGAGUUGGAUAUCCAUUUUGUUCGCGAAAAGGUUGCUCAGGGUCAGGUCCGUGUUCUUCAUGUACCUUCCAGAUAUCAGAUUACGAAUAUAUUUACUAAGGGCCUUCCGCUAGUAUUAUUUAAAGAUUUCAGAGACACCUACGGUUAUGUAAACUCUGAUGUAAAUAUUACUAUUGAAUGA